AUGAAUAGCGAUUUGAAUGAUCAACAGCUUUCUCCUAUGCAAUCGACAUCUGAAUUUGGUGACUCAAGGAAAGAGUUAAGACAAGUUAGAUGCUGUGUGCAUGGUCGUCCUUGUGUCAUUGCCUCUAAACUUUCCCGGGGACAGGAAGAGGAAAUAAGUCGAGAUAUAUCAUCAGGAUCAUAUAAUUAUUCAAAAUCUCGAUACGAAAGUGUUUUAGGAAAAUCCGAACCAAGUAGUAGCGAUACCAUCUCUUAUGGCUUACAAAGAAAAGUUGAACGUGACUCUUUGGAUGUUCCGUUAAGUAAAUGGAAUCUAUAUACGCCUUGUUCAUCAAGUAGUGCUAUUGACUUGGAACCUAUCUUCCGAUCGGUUGAAAGUGACCAAAAUAGAGUACAAUCGAGUGAAAAUGAACGUUUCAUCCCACGUAAAGUUGAACGUUAUUCUUUAUCUGGAACUGUGGAUGCUCCAUUCAUCAGUAGAGUGCCAAAAAAAAUUAAAUCGAGGGAAAAAGGCAAUCAGUAUGAACUUAUGAUACGACCGGAGUGUUCAGAUAUUGUAUUAUCGCAGCCAAUAAUACCCAAGGAACAAUUUGUGCGAACUGCGCAAAGGGCUGGCAGCGUAGAAACUUCACCAUCGAUAGAAGCUUAUAUCGGAGUGAUGAGCGAGCGUCAAGCUGAAGAAUAUGUUCCAAAACCUACCUCCUUUAAACUCUAUCAUAAAAUGCCAAAAAUACAUACAUUCAACGAUGUGAUACCAUCUCUUGGACUUUACAUCAUCUAUCGUAGUGGAAAAGGACACAUUUAUAAUUAUCCGAUAAAAGAAUGUAAACAGUAUGUAGAUUAUCCGAAAGCAAGAUCUAAGCUCACACCACUCUUAAAUCUUCAAGUAGAGUACGGAGAUCCUUUGGCACCACGCUUCUUUACUCUUGACGCACUUGUCAGCUACUAUAAUAUUUACGUACACUUACGUCAAGAAGAUGGUGAAUGCGUAGCAGAUAUAUUUCCAGUUCGUAGUACACAAUUUAGCAAUUCAUCGUCUCGCCGAGUUAUACAAACAUAUCAGUGA